AUGAGCGGUAUUUCUGGAUUCAUGAUUGUCUGCUUGGCUCUUCUUCCCGUCCUCACUGCCUAUGCAUCAGCCAACCCUGCGCUUGUAUCCUCGCCUACGGAUAGAGCCUGCUGGAGCACCGGCGAAGAUGGCGAGAUUAUCUACUCAGCUCCUCUGGUCAUCGAUUGUCUCCCUGACAACCCGAAAUGUGGUGUCUGA